AUGUACCCUUAUAAUCAUACAGGAAUAUACACCGAACCCUGGAAUUUUGGUGGGCCAACUGAAGUGUGUCCAAAAUGUGAGGCUAUAGUUUGGUAUGAGGAACGAGCGAGGAAGGACAGAAAUAGUAGUUCACCUGAAUACAGUUUUUGCUGUCAAAAGGGCAAGGUCAGGUUACCUCUAUUGAAAGACCCACCAGAAUUUUUGAAGGAUCUCUUGGACAAUAAUGAUAGUAGAUCGAAGAUUUUCAAGGAAAAAGGAAGGAUGUACAACUCCAUAAAUGCUUUCACUUCAAUGGGAGGGAAGGUAGACAGCAGUAUCAAUCGGGGAAAUGCUCCGUAUGUGUUUAGAUUAAAUGGGCAGAACCACCACAAGAUUGGGUCAUUGCUUCCGCCAGAAGGGCAACAACCAAGGUUCACCCAGCUUUAUAUUUAUGACACACAGAACGAAGUAUCUAACCGGAUAAACAGUCUCGGAAGUGUGGGAGAGAAACCAGAACUAGACCCUGUAAUUGUAGCAGGAUUAUCAAAGAUGUUUGAUGAGCAUAAUGAACUGGCAAAAGUAUUCAGAAUGGCCAGGGAAAGGUUCCAGGAGUCUGAUUUACAACCUGUGAAGAUUCGCUUGAUCGGAACAAGAGCAAAAGAUGGAAGACAAUACAACCUCCCUACGACUUCAGAGGUUGCGGCUUUGAUAGUGGGUACAGGUGAUACAGAAAAAGGGCCUAGGGAUGUCAUUAUCGAGGACAAACACUUUGGUCUGAAAAGGAUAUCCGAGCUUCACCCAAGUUUCAUGGCAAUGCAAUAUCCACUUCUUUUUCCAUAUGGAAAAGAUGGGUAUAGGACAGAAAUCCCCCACACUGAUGUGGAACAAAAGGGGAGAAGGGUAAGAACUACAGUGACUAUGAGAGAAUACUACGCAUUUCGCUUUCAACAGAGAAAGAAGGAGGCAAAAACAAGAUUCCAAUUGGGGAGACUAAACCAACAACAACAAGUUGAUGCCUUCACAUGCAUCCAAGAAGGUAGAUUAGAAUGGGUAAGAGGCAACCAAAAAAAGCUUCGCAAAGAUGUGCUACGUGGAUUGGCGGAUGCUGUUUCUCGAGGAGACACAACUCCUGCAUCUGUAGGACAACGUGUCAUACUACCUGCAUCCUUCACGGGAAGUCCGAGAUUCAUGAUUCAAAACUAUCACGACGCCCUAGCUAUUUGCAGAUGGGUUAGCCCUCCAGAUUUGUUCAUCACUAUGACAUGUAAUCCGAGAUGGCCAGAGGUCAGGGAUUUCUUAUCCUUGAUUCCCGGUCAAAAACCAGAAGACCGACCUGAUAUUAUCGCUCGAGUUUUCAAGAUAAAGCUUGAUGAACUGAUGGUGGACCUCACCAAAAGAAAUAUUUGCGGCCGCACUAAAGCAGGGAUUUUUAUUCUGCUUAAAGGUGCCUUCUGCAAAAUGUGCGUUAUUGAUCGAUUCUCGAAAUGUCUGAUCGUCUACUGCUUAAUUCAUAAGUAUACAAUUCCAUUUGUCUUAGUCAUUCUUGAAAUGCCCAGUCGCUGCAAUCUAGGAACAUUGUAUAUGGAUGGAACAAUAUACACAAUCGAGUUCCAAAAACGAGGCCUCCCACAUGUUCAUAUGUUGUUGUUUUUGCAAGAACCGGACAAACUACGGACUGCAGCGGACAUCGAUCGACUAAUUUCAGCAGAAUUACCAGACCCGGAAGAGGACCCAGUUGCAUUCGAGGCGGUAGUCCAAUACAUGACUCAUGGACCGUGUGGUACGUUGAACCCAAAAUGUCCAUGUAUGCAUGAUGGGCGUUGUACAAAGUACUAUCCUAAAGACUUCAACGACGACACAAUCAUUGGAGAAGACGGUUACCCACAAUACAGAAGAAGAAACAAUGGUCGGGUAGCACAAAAGAAUGGCCACACAAUUGAUAAUACCUUCAUUGUGCCAUACAAUGUGGACUUGCUGGUGAAGUAUCAAGCACACAUCAACGUCGAAGUAUGCAAGAAAUACACAUGUACCAAAUACCUGUUCAAGUACAUGAACAAGGGUCCAGAUAUGGCACUAGCAACAGUUCUAGAAGUCACAGAUAGUGGAAUACCAGGAGGACAACAAGCCAAUCCUGAACCCCCAAGAGACGAGAUAAAAUCGCACUUGCAAUGCAGAUAUGUAUCUGCUGCAGAAGCAUGCUGGAGAGUAUUUGGCUUCCCAAUACAAUAUAAAUACCCCCCAGUUCAACGCUUAAGUUGUCACCUAGAGGAAGAACAAAUAGUGAUGUUUGAAGAUCAUGAGCCACUAGAUCAAGUGCUUGAAAGAGUAGGACCAACAAAGACUCCUCUCACCGGAUGGAUGGAAGCAAAUAGGAAGUACCCAGAAGCAAGAAAACUGACAUACCACGAUUUCCCAACUGAAUGGGUAUGGCAAAGCAAGGAAAAGAAAUGGAAAGGAAGAGAUGAAGGCUUCAAAAUAGGGAGGAUUUACUACGUCCACCCAGCAUCAGGGGAGCUUCACUACUUGCGUAUGCUCCUUAAUAUAGUGACAGGAUCAACAAGGUUUGCAGAUAUAAGAACAGUAAAUGGCGUAGAAUUUGCCACAUUCAAGGAAGCUUGCAAUGCUUUAGGACUUCUAGAAGGAGAUAGUGAUCGAAUGGCAUGA